UGCGGCAGAGCUUCUGAAUUUCCACAGGCCACAGCGUCUCAAUUUUGUGUUGAAGAAAAAGGGAAGGGAAAAAAAUAGCCCCAACGGACGAAGCUUUCUGCCAUGGGGCAUCAUACAGUUGCGAUAAUUUGAUGGUUGGUUCUUUCGAAGAAGAGAGUGACAAAGCAAUGCGGAAAGAGAUGUCCUUUCUUGCCCAACCGCGAUGCCUCCUUGUAUUCCUUGUUCUUUCAGUUUUCCUGAUUUUCGCCUUCUCUUAUAACAAGCGGGUUGAGGAGAAACCAGAAGAGGAGCCUGAAAUUACGCACAGAGUAUUCUUGGAUGUUGAUAUUGAUGACCAACGCUUAGGUAGGAUCAUUAUUGGACUCUAUGGCCAAGUUGUACCAAAAACUGUGGAAAAUUUCAGAGCUUUGUGCACAGGGGAGAAAGGCAAGAGUUCCAAUGGCAUAAAACUUCAUUAUAAAGGAACAGCAUUUCAUCGCAUAAUAUCUGGCUUCGUGAUUCAGGGUGGGGACAUUGUUCAUCAAGAUGGCAGUGGAUAUGAAUCUAUUUAUGGUGGCACCUUUCCUGAUGAGAAUUUUAAGAUAAAACAUUCACAUGCUGGGGUUGUUGCUAUGGUGAAUUCUGGACCUGAUUCCAAUGGCUCACAGUUUUUUAUCACCACUGUGAAGGCUAGCUGUUCAUCUUCCACGACAUCAUAAGACCACUAUCGGGUUCAUCUUCUUUUGUGAUGGCACCAGACAUUCACUUCUUGUUAAGAUCGAUGCUGCUACUCCUUGAUGCUUAGGUCGCCAAAGCUCACGAUGCCCAAGCUUUCCAAUUUUCUAAAAGCCAUUGACUGUGAGAUCGCUUCCUUCUUGCUCAGAUCGGUGUUGUUGCUUGCUCAUGUUGCUUCCUCUUUCUCUCACGACUUUGCCUAAGCUUCUUCUUCUCCUACUUGCUGAGAUCUGUUUCUGUUUAGCAAUUUCUCCUCUCACGCCUAGGGUCCCAUUCAUCAAGCUUUCAUCGAGGUAUGGAUCCUUCACCCUCCCUUCCUUGAAGUGACAGAUCAGAGCCAGCUUAGUUCCAUUGUUCUUGGAUUUCAAAAGUUUGGGGACUUUGAAGAAGCACAAAGAUGCCUGAUUACUAGCAGAAUAUUGGCAGAUAUGUGAAUGCAAGUAAUAUUUGAAGCUCAGAGUUGCUUCUUAGAUCUUCGAUAUUCCUGUUCUAUAAAUUUCUGCUAAAUUGAUGGAAAAUUUUAUUUCCCAAUGUGCUGGUGAGACAAAGCUUGAUCAUAUUUGCCUUAUUUUUGAAAUCAUUGGGGUGUUUGUGAAAUUAUUUGCUUGACAAUAUUUGCUUGAUUUCACUAUUGUCGCCGACGAUGGAUUUAGAACUCAGAAGUGUUAGAGGGGUAGAGUGUUUGGGGGGGAAAGAAAGGUCAAAACAUUUUUUCAAAAGAAAAGAAAGAGUGACUUGGAUGCCACAUGAGCAUGUCAUGCUAGCAUGAUCAGUCAACUAAGGGUCACCGUUUUGUUUUUGUCAAUUUAGGGUAACACUGCACCACUUUAAAAAAUGUUGUGGGCAACGUUGGACCUUAAAAUAUUUUAGGAUAUCAAUUGCACCUCCAAAAAAACUUUUAAGAGCAGAUUUGCACAUUAAUCCUAAUAAUAAAGAACUUAGUGUUGAGUGAUAAUAAUAAGGAUAUAAUAGAUUAUAGAUAUUGCAUGUCUCGAUUUCCAUUGAAGUAAUCAAAUGCGAAUGGAGCCUUGUAUUUUUUUUUUAAAUAAUCUUGAUUACUAUAAUCUGGAUUUUAACCUGAUUUCAUCAAAUACUUGUGAAUUUAGCGUGUUAUUAUCACCAAAAAGAAAUGUUCAUAAAAUAUAAUGUCGUUUUAUUUGUUG